AUGCUGGACUACAAAGAUGUUGCAACUCCCAUAGCAACAAAUUGCUACUUGGACCUAGAUGAGUCUGGAAAAAGUAUUGAUCAAAGAAUGUAUCGAGGUAUGAUUGGAUCAUUAUUUUAUCUUACUGCUAGUAGGCCUGACAUAAUGCAUAGUGUUUGUCUUUGUGCUAGAUUUCAAUCUUCUCCUAAAGAAUCACAUAUUACAGCUGUAAAAAGAAUUUUAAAGUACCUUAAAGGUACUAAAGGCCUUGGACUAUGGUAUCAAAAUGGCACAAAUCUUUUUCUAAAUGGUUACAGUGAUUCUGAUUUUGGAGGUUGCAAACUAGACAGAAAAAGCAUCAGUGGCACAUGUCACUUAUUUGGAUCAUCAUUGAUCUCUUGGCAUUCAAAGAAACAAGCAUGUGUGGCUUUAUCUACCACAAAAGCUGAGUACAUAGCAGCUGGAAGUUGUUGCGCACAGUUUCUUUGGAUAAAGAGUCAAUUAGAGGACUAUGGCAUUAAGAUAGAAAACAUUCCUUUGAAAUGUGACAGUCUGGGUUUGAUGCAGGUGGUGGAGAAGCUGCGAGAUGGUGGUGAUGGUUGA